AUGUUGGUUCCUAUUCUCACUCUCCUUGCUGGCCUUGCUGUAGCGGGUCCCUGUGACAUCUACGCCUCUGGCAACACACCGUGCGUGGCUGCCCACAGCACCACUCGCGCGCUAUACAGCCGUUAUAAUGGCUUUCUCUACCAGGUGCAGCGCAUCUCCGACAACAGGACGACCAACAUCUUGCCCGUGUCAGCUGGCGGAAUCGCCAACUCGGCCGCGCAGGAUUCCUUUUGCGCCAAUACCAACUGCACUAUCAGCAUCAUCUACGACCAGUCCGGCAAUGGCAAUGACCUGACACAGGCGCCACGUGGAUUCAUAACCUUGGGGCCUGGCCCUGACGGCAGCGAUAGUCUGGCUAUCGCGACCGCUGCGCCAGUCAAGCUCAACGGGCGCAAGGUCUACGGCGUGCUGAUACCGCCGGGCACAGGAUACCGCAACGACGCAGCCUCAAAAACGGCGACAGGCGACGCCGCAGAGGGCAUUUAUGCGGUGCUCGAUGGGACCCAUUAUAACAAUCAGUGCUGUUUCGACUAUGGCAACGCUGAAACCGACAACAGAGCCGACGGGGAUGGCAGCAUGGAAGCCAUCUACUUUGGCAACUUGGCCAGGUAUGGUACCGGUGCUGGCAAUGGGCCCUGGAUCAUGGCCGAUAUGGAAAAUGGGCUGUUCUCAGGUCAGAGCGCGGGCAGAAACACCGGUGACCCGAGCAUUUCGUGGCGGUUUGUGACGGCUAUAGUCAAGGGUGAGCCCAAUGAAUGGGCAAUUCGCGGCGGCGAUGCCACUGAAGGGUCGUUGUCGACAUUCUAUAGUGGUAUCAGACCUUCUGGGUAUAAUCCGAUGAAAAAGCAGGGGGCGAUCAUCCUGGGUAUCGGUGGCGACAAUGGCAAUCGCGCGCAGGGCACGUUUUACGAGGGCGUGAUGACCUCGGGAUAUCCGUCAAAUGAGACAGAGAACAUGGUGMAAGCCGAUAUCGUUGCUGCCAAGUAUAGUGUCUAG